GGUGGGUCCGCCCCGCCGGCCUCCCCGGCGCCGGCCGCUAUAAGGUCGGUAGGACUGCGGCCCAGCCCAUGUCCGGACCGUUCCCUCUGCGCUGUUCUGCCUUUCGCUACCCCCUAGCUCAACUGUAACCAUGGCAUGCCCCCUGGACCAAGCUAUUGGCCUGCUGAUUGGCAUCUUCCACAAGUACUCCGGCAAGGAAGGUGACAAGCAUACCCUGAGCAAGAAGGAACUGAAGGAGCUAAUCCAGAAGGAGCUCACCAUUGGCUCUAAACUGCAGGAUGCUGAAAUUGCUAAGCUCAUGGAUGACCUGGAUCGCAAUAAGGACCAGGAGGUGAAUUUCCAGGAGUACGUCACCUUCCUGGGGGCCCUGGCCAUGAUCUACAACGAAGCCCUCAAGGGCUGAAGACGGGGCGGGGCAAGGUGGAGACACCCCCGGGGGGAACCUGUCUCAGUCAUUGUAACAUAAAUAUAUAUUUUGUUUGUGGGUCA